CUAAAUUCCUUAAAAAUCCCCAAUGUAUUAUUUUUUUGGUGUUGCUUUUAAUUGCCCGACUUUUGAACCUAGCGCUGAUAUUUCCUACAUCACAAAGUAAAUGAACCAAUCAGAAAACUAAUUACGCUGUGAAAAUAUAUAUUAAAUUAAAUUAUGGACAAUUUAUAUUUAAAGUACUGAUUGGCCAGUGUCGCUGGACAAAAGCGGAUUGCCAAAACCACUGAUGGUCAGACGUUUUACAGGCGUCUUCAUAAUGAAAUCUCACGUCCUCCUGCUUGGAUUCCUGGUCAUCCUUGUUGGCAUCCUUAGUCAUGAAAAUGUCGAUGCAGCUGGACUUUUAUCCUCGUCGGCACAGACCCAGGGAUGCCAAUGCUCCCUGACGAUGUCCUGCAGCUGCUGCCAAAAGUUUUCGGUUGAUCUCCUGAACCAAAAUAGUAUCGUCUGUCUCACUUUGGGCAUUGGCUUGACCAGUGGAACCAUCAAUUUGGGGGCCACAAUGGAUGGAAAUUCGGUGGCCGCGUUCGCCAUCAGCACCACCAAGCCGCCCACAUAUUGCAUCCCCGUCAUCUCGAUGGUUUCCGUGGACAUGUGCAUUAAAGUAAACAUCAAGGUGGCAGGGGUGGCGGUCAAGGCCUGUCCCACCUUUUAUACCAACUAUGCCACUAACCAGGUCGUGAGCUACGAUUUUCCCUGCAUCCAAUUGGGCAUGGAUGGAGUUAGCCUGAUCUAGAAUACAUAUGC